AUGGAGGCGUGGGCCAAUUAUCGACUGGCCGGCGAGUUGUACUUUCUUGAUGAUACAAUCUCAUUUACAUCUGAGGAAUUAUCAAGAGUGCCAGCUGAAGUUCUGGGAAGGAGUAGCCAUGGGACAUCUUACCGGGCAACACUAGACAAUGGGUUGUUCUUGACUGUGAAGUGGUUGAGGGAAAGAGUUGCAAAACCAAGAAAUUCUUAUAUGGGUGAAUUAAGGGAUAUAGAAGAUAAUAUGCCAGUGACAAGCUUUCCUCCCAUCAAGAUCGAGAAGGAUGAAGACAAUGGAAGUGGAGGUGGAGUUCAAGGCAAUGCCAGUAGUUAG